AAUGUCGUUAUUUAUGUGGUUAGGAUCAUUGUUUUCAUAUUCAAAAUCUACUGUUUUCAUUGAUGGCUGGAAGUCCCGAAAAAAGUAUACCAUUAGAAUGGAGCCAUCCUUCGCAGGUAAUGAAAUUACAUAAGCUGAAGCAAAAGAAAAAGGCUCUUCAAGCAAGAAUUAAGGGCAACACUCUAAGCAAAACUAAAUCUGAGAAUAUAUCUUCCCCUUUCGAAGACAUUUUCACUGCCAAGAAAAGAAAAAAUCCUUUUUUAAGAACAAGUGAUCCAAAGAAAAGUAGAAAUGAGUCAAAUGUUUCUUUUGAUGAAUCUACAGAUCAAACAUUAUUCAAACUUCUCCAUCAAAGUGUUCCGGAUCCACCCAAGGCUCCUAUUACAUCUUUUGAUAAUAUUUUGAGCAAAUUGAACACUAAUGAAGUAGUUGAAGUUGUGAAGGCACAAGGGAAAAGUUGGUUGCCAAUUGACUGGUCGCUGACAAAUAAAGUUAGACUGCUUUCUGCCAAGCCUUUUCCUUUCAACCAAAAACUGAAAAUUAGUGAGGAAGCAAGUGGUGUGACUGCCUUCACAAGGUGCCUGGAUAAAAAUACCGAAACAACUUUAGAUACUUCUCCAAAUGCAAAGUUCCAUCAGUGUUGUUUAUACUGGCAACAGCCUUCCUUGCCAUGGUUAACACUGUUUCCACGUUCUGCAGCAAAAUCACAACUGACAGCUUCAAUGGUGAAUUCCACAAUGAAAGAUAGUUUACAACAGGCAUGGUCUGAUGGUUUACGUUCACUUUUCCAACUGAUCAGAACAAGGCAGUGUCCAUAUUUUUAUGCAUGUGCCAAUAACUUUACAGUUCUGUUUAGGGCAGGUGGUAUUUGUGGGUUUACUGAUGUUCAUGCAGUUAUUUCUCCUACAACUAGAGGUUUCCGUCAUAUGUUGAGGCAGGAGGACAUAGAAUUCACCAUGCCGUUGAAGAAAAAAAGGAUAUCUGAUCAAGGAUAUGAAACACUUGAUUCAGUUAAAGAAGAAUAUGAUGAAGAAAUGGAAGAAGCCCCCGAUGAAACGUGGUUGAAAAGUAUGGGAAUCAAUGAUGAUGACAUCAAACAAAUCAAUUAUACCCAGGAGAAAAUUAUUCACAAAGCAGAAUGUGAAGUGGACAAUAGUGAACAGAGUUUGAUUAUGGUCGAAGGGGUGGAAGUGCACGCUUUGUACAAUUUUCUCAUAAACUGUAAAAGUGCCAUAGCAACUACUGGACCACUUGCGGGAAUACCUCCUACUCUUCUAGCCCCAGUAGCCUUCCAUGGUGCCUCGUUAAAUUCAUUAAAGGUGCGCGAAAACAAAGUUCAUCUAGAUGAAGCUGAUUAUUACUCCAUUGAACUAUCUGGACCUAUCUUACCAAGUACUAUACACAACUUGUUUGCUAUCAACUGCCCGGACUCCAGUUUGACAGCAACUUUCAGUAAUAUCAAGAGUACAGAGUGUUUCAGUAAACUUCAAAAUAGUGUUAGAAAAUCUGACAUUGUGAAUAAAGGAUCGAUGGUAUUCGGUAAAGAAAACCUUUCGGACUGCGGACUGUUGCCUAAAGUUUUGAAACACUUUUGCGCACCUGAUCAAAACUAUGUGACCAAUGUCGAGUGUUUGAAGUAUACAAGUGAAGAUAAAACAUAUACUUGGUCCUAAUAAAGACCCAGUAUAUCUCUUAACUGUAAUUUAAUUUAUUUAUUUUUUAAAAUAGGUGAAACUGUGACAAAUAAUUUGGAGGUAUUCAAUUCUUGGAGUAGCUAUUAACAAAGACCAUAAUCAAUUACAUAUUUUGUGUCCAAAA